GCAACAAGAAACUACAAAAUGGCGACCCAGGACAGAAGUCCGUCGCUUUUUGCUGGCCAACCAUGGACAGCAUGGGAGGAACAUGUGUCUUUAGAAGAUGUACACGACUCCAAGAGCAAAACACAACCAGAAACCACAUCUGGUGAAAGCGAUAGCAUGAAACUUCGAAGAAAUGAUAUGUCUUUGUUUGGUAUAUGUCCAUCUCAAGAUGAGUUUUAUUUGGUUGUUUGUGAGAAGUGCAAUCAAGUGAUCAAACCUCAAGCCUUCAGAAGACAUAUGGAACAUCAUCAUGGACAUAAAAACCUGAAGGGUGCAAAGUGCCAUACAUCCACCUCUCAGUCUCAUGUACCUUCCAAGUCACCAUCGUCAGUUUCUGCAACCAAAGAUAGCACACACAAUGCUAGUCUAUCCACUCACCCCAUGCCACCUACAAAAGCCAGUCUCAAACUGCCUCCUCCUUCAAUCCAGUCACAUAUAAACAAGUCACAUUCGGACAGUGGAAAGCCAAAUAAUUUCAAGAAAACCAACACGUUGCCAGUUGUUAAAGUUGAGCGAAUAUCGGAUUCAUCAGUAAAUGUGAAAAAGACACUUUCGGUGAAUCAUGAUUCUGGCAAGAAGUCAUCUCUCACAAACGGAAGUGUCAAAACGGAUAAUGGUUCUGUACACUUGAAUGCUGCAAUGUCAUGUCCUACCGUGCCAGUAUCUACCCCACCCAAGCCGACUGUUACGCUGACAUUCACUACCACAACGGUAACAACUACUACACUGACGAAAACUCUCAGCAGUGUUACACCAUCUGUGUUGUCGGCACAAACAUCGUCUGCAGUUUUGUCAACGUCGGUGGUUUCUUCCCAAUCAUCCAGCGUUAAUGCUGGAAGCAGUGGUAGUAAUAAGAAAUCGCCUAAAGAACGCAAGUUUCUCCCAUGUAAAGAUCGAGAAUUUGAUCCAGAUAAACAUUGUGGCUGCUGGAUUGCUGAUAUUAAUAAACAAUGCACAAGGUCACUCACUUGCAAGACCCAUGCCUUGUCUUUGAGGAGAGCAGUGAAGUGUCGAAGUAAGACAUUUGAUGAACUACUGAAGGAGCACCGGGCAGCAAAAGAAGCUCUUUUAAAGGCCAAGGCUGAACAACAAGCCAAGUCUUCGUCGGGCACAGGUCCAGGCGGAGGCGGUCACGGCAGCACCAACAAAUCAAGUCAUAACGAUUCCAAUACUCACCUGAAAGAUGGGUCUUCUCUCUCCGCAUCUUUUCCUUCCACAUCUCCACAGAAAAAUAUCAAACCUAAAAUCAAGCCACAGAAUACAGUAUUCCAAAGACUUACCUCAAGUGGCAUAUAUCCUCAUUCUGUUAUCAAGGAAGAGGAAGGUCCAUCCCAGGAUGCAUCGGCACGUGUUUCAGUUGAUUUUGAAGCUGAUGCCGAAGAAAUGGCUGAUGUCACAUACUUUCCAUAUCACCCACAACCUGCAGCAAUGUGUCGAUUUAAUGCACGGAACAAUGGCAGUGGCUGUUUUGCGUUCUCGAGAAAAGUUGAUUACAUGCGUGCUGCAUUUCGCAGUGCGCUUGAACGUCAUUUGCACCCUCCUGCUCACAAAAAAUUGUGUGUGGAAUCGAAACUUCCCAAGGAGCCUCACAUUGCAACGAACUCCAAAGAUCCUUACGAUUUCAAUUUGAUGGACACAAGUGGUGUGACGUACACCAAUCUCAACAGUGGUGUCGUCAAUUCCUCACACAAGAUUGUUGCCAUGAAACCCAAAUCAAAGACAUCUACUUCGGCUUGUUCUGGCAACAAAUCGCCCAAAGCUACUCUCGGCUCAAAGAGUCCUGGGUCAACGAACAUGUCUUCAGUGUGUGGGGGUGUGAACCCCGUGAAGCGAAAGCGUAGUGGAAGUGGGCAGGGUGUGGUGAACGUGACGAGUCACAACACGACGGUGGCCUCGGCUUCUCAGUUGUCGAACAUUUUCGGCAACAUCGCCACCAUCACCAACACAAACAGUCCCAUUACUGCCAUUGCCAUUCCGAACUUUGGAGGCGCAGCUCUCGGCCAUAUCAAUGCAACGCUGACUUCGAAUAAGCAAAUACAAGUGCCCAAAAAUAAUAUCAUCAAAGACUUCAACCUCGUGUUGACUGGCAUCGACCCGUCCAUGAUCAACGGGCAGGUGAUGAACAUCACCACCGCUCAACUCGCCGACUUCGCCGCACAGGCCCAGCUUGUCGGGAGGGUGAGUUCCGCUGAUGACAAGAGUGCUAAGCGAAGUCGGAUUGUUGGUGCAAACAGCAAGCAUAGUCCUACUACUGCCAAACUUUCAACGAGUAGCAUAGACACGUACAAGACACUGCAGGGCAAUAGUGUGAUAGUUCCUCAGAACGCGGUCCUCGUAGACAAUUCAUUGCAAGGGCACGUGCUAACAGGUCCAGUUUCAUUGUCCACGAGUGGCGGGAGUACGAUCGUGUCGCUAGGUAACGCGACCAUCGCUCCGCCCCAAGCUAGCCCAUCAUCCACACCAAGUCCUAUGUUCAGAACAGACUCUGUCUGUCCUCAAGUGUCCUCAUCUCUUCAUAACGGAGUCGUCUCUUCAUCUUCAGAUCAUAAAGCAGCAGCACCUUGUCAACGAGCUAGUUCCAAUAUGGCUAAACACACAAAAGCAGGUUUAACAAUGAAUAUCGCCCCCGGACUGUUGCACGCCUCGGGCCAGGUGGGCUCCCAACUGUGCACCAGUCAGGGCAUUACCACAGCACAGCUCUGCACGGGCCAGGCUCUCACCGCCUCACAGCUAAGUCAGCUGCAGAUGAAACCGGCGCAGAUAAAUAUGUCGAAAAACGUGAGCGGAAAAAUAACAAUGCAGCCAGUGUCUGUGACUAUUCCUAUCGUGAACCAGGCCAGUUUUAAUGCCUUGGCGACACAGCAGGGUCAGCAACGCACACUGUUUAUGACGACGAGUACAAACGACGGUUCGUCCAAGCAGGAGCUGCAUCUGCAGCCACAGAUAUCAAACUCUCCUUCAAACCUGAUCUCCUAGCACGACACAGGGAAACGUCCAGCCAGUGGAUUGCUUGUAAUAACCUCUCUCUCUCUCUCUCUCUCUCUCUGUCUCUCUCUCUCUCUCUCUCUCUCUCUCUCUCUCUCUCUCUCUCUCUCUCAUUCUGUAGUGGUUUGUUCCAAGUGCUUGCAGAACCGUUUGUGAUAUGUUAGGGUCUUUUUUUUCCUCUUUUUUUUUUUUUUUAUUAUUAUUUUUUUAACCUAAGUUUUUCUCUCUCUCUCUUUUUUUCUUUUGGGGGUGUGUGUGUGUGUUCACUAGUGAUAGGACACAAACAGUGUGCAAUUAGGUCUGUGUUACAAAAAAUAACUGCCAAAUGUGAAGCUCAACUCGACAGUUACAGUAUCAUGACAUUGUGCUUUAAUGGUUAAAGAAAAAUGUGCAAAGAUUUGAGAUCAGACAAUCAGUGCAUAUAAUAUAUAGAUAAAUAAUAAAUAUAUAUAUAUAUACAUGUGUGGCUACAUCCUGCUGUAAAACAGCUCUGUUGAAAAUAUCUUAUUAUUUUUAAAAAAAAUUAAAUUUGUCUGUAUUGACUUUUGUUAAAAGUCAUUAAUUUUGAGAGAAUUGUACAAUGAUUAUAAAUUCUAAUAUAGAAGUGAUUAUUCUUCCCAUUUUCCAUAGUACUGAAUGGGUGCAAGCAUUCUACCCUUGGUGUAUAUUGUUAUUUUCAGCAAUCUAAAUUUUAUGAAAUAAUCACAUUGUAUUAAGGAUACUACUGAAAAGACUACUCAAUGCUUACAAUCUGUUACGGUGUAUUUAUUUAGCAGAUUGUUCUCAAUCUGUAAACUAAAGCAUAAUAGCUAUUUUAUUAUUUCAAACUUGAAAAUUUUAUUUAAAAAAAAAUAGAGGUAGUUUUAAGACAAUAUUUUCUUAUGGCAAUACAUAAGAUAUACUUCCUUAUGCUUCCAAUCUACAUGUUUUGCUUAAAUUUAUAGGCUUAAAAUGCUACCUUUUUAGAAAUAAGUAUAACAAAACCAACUAGCGAAAGGUUUUAGAAUCGCUAUUCAUGUGGUUAAACUUCCUACUGGACUUUUAAUGAAAUUUUGACAUUAAAAAUAAUUGACAUUUCACAAAACUGAACCUAAAGUUAGCAAUAGCUUUUCUUGUGUGAACAGUUCCUGUAAUGAACACCUAAAAUUUUGUUUAAAUAAUCAUAUGUUAGUCCAUUUCUAAUAUAUACAAGUAUUUUAUUUUCAAACUACUACAGUAUUAGACUACCUUCAUUUCACUUGGUUGUACAAAAAUAAAAUCCCUUUAAGAUUUAAUUGGGGGUGGGAUCUAGCUUAGCCCGUAGAGCAUUUGCCUGAUGUGCUCGAGUCUAAGGAUCAAGUCCCCUCAGUGACUCUGGGGUUUUUCCUCGUCCCAACCACUGGAUGACAACUAUAUCAAAGGCAUCCUAUGAAGACUACAUUUCAGAUUUACAAAAUGUUUGACAACCAAUAGCCCCAGUGAUUAAUAAAUCAAUGUGCUCUAGUGGUGUCAAAUAUUUUUUUUUUUUAAAGUUAAUUAAUUUUUCGUAAUUGUUUGAUAUUUUACGAAGUACUUCGUACUGCUAUAUUGUUGAUUUUUGUCUGGAUUCUGUAACUAGUGCCAUCUUUUGUUAUUCCUAAGUUGGUGAAAUCUGAAUCUUUUAAAAAAACAAAACAAAUUAUAUUGUAUAGACUUAAGUUUUGCAUUCAAAUAGUUUUUAUGUAACAUUAAAUCACGGAUCACAUACUUUUGGAAAUAAAAGUGUAACUUUGCAUGUUUAUUUUCAAAAACAGAAUUUUACUGUACAUAAUAAUUUUUAAAAAUUCUGGAUUUUGGUGUAAAUUAGCUAGAGAUUAUACUAAUUUUCAAAAGUUUGUUGGUCAGUGAUAAAAAUAAUGUAUUUCUUGUACGAAGCAAAAUGACAUGACAGGCCAGGCUUCAUCACCCAUUUUUCUAGACUGAUAUUUCGUGCCAAUCCCCACAGUAAAAGUAUAGUAAUACCACCCUACAGUAAAAGUAUAGUAAUACCACCCUACUAAUUUAAACAUCAAGAUUAUUAUUUUUAUUCUUCCAAUCCUUUUUUUUUUAAAUGGGAGGAGGGUGUAUUUUGUUUUUUUAUUUAGAUGAAUGACUACUAUAAUGAUAUCCAUUCAGAGUCUAAUUUAUUUUGUGGAGGUCAACACAGAUUAUGUGAAAUGAUACUAAUUUCCAUUUGAUAUUUUACCCUGACACAUAAAUGUCAGAAGUUAAAGGUAAUAGACAAAGAUUAAUAAUCAUCUAUUAGGCCUCUGAUAUAUAAUUGUAACACAGUCUAACUUAUGUGACAAGAAACAUGCUGCCAUUAUCCAGUUAGCUGUUUUUUUAAUUUAUAGCAAGGACUCUUUUUAUAAGCAGUACCCUAUAGACAGGACCACAUACACGAGUUCCCCCGUCUUUUAUAUACCACUCUUGGAAUAGUGGUUUUAAUAGAAAUAUUCAGUGAAUGAGUUUUGUCAAAAUUACAAUUACCUUUGAUAUUGGUAACUAUCUUAACUUUACCUAAAUCAACAUAUGUAAAUCGAAAUUAAUCUUGUCGCUCGUAUGGCAAUGACGGUACUUGACUCUGAAUGACCAAACAGUAGCUUGAAUCAAAAAUAAUUCUUUCUUACCUAAGGUCUAAUUUAUGUUUUACAUUUGUCCUGAUGUUGGUAGUCCCAUAAUAUUUUCAAUAGGAAUAAAAUAAACAAUGUUAUUUGUGCCUAAUAUUUAUUUUGUUUUGAGAUUAGUAGCUUCUGUGUCUUGUCUCAUUAUCUGUGUGCAUUUGGAGAUUGUUUCGAUUUGUUAGUAUGCUUCACCACUUUGUGUGAAGCAUAGUGGUUUUGAAUUUAACACUCCAUUUCAGUUGUGUGUACUUGUCCAUCAUAGGCAAAAAAUAAAACCUUCAGUUAUUUGCAGCCAGUUCUAAUGAAUUCACCUCCCUUUACUUUUGGGAGUAUGUAUUUAAAUUUCUUUUCAACUUCACCUGUCCUCAAACAAAAUGCAUAUUCCCCUUAGGAUAGUAGUCUGGUUCAAACAUCCCAACAACCAAUGGGAUGGACUAAAAUUCUUCUACUGCGUCGUCCUUCCUGUUCCAGUCAUGUUCAAAUCAGACUACUAUUCUUUGGGGAAUAUGCAUUUUGUUUCAGGAAGGGCAAAGUGUUUAUAAAAGAAAAUACACCCAAGGGUUUUUUUUUCUUCAGUUUCCUCAAGUUUAAAAAAAAAUUAAAAAAUCAGUUUAUCUUUUCUGCUAGAUUACCCAUAACACUAACAGGAUUUAGGAUUUGUAUAUCCCUUGCAAAAAAACAAAAACAAAGUGUGUGAUUGUGAAAUACUUCUCUUGGCAACUAAUAUGUGGUAAUAAUUAUGUUAUUAGUAUUAACUAUUCAUCCAUCCAUUAUUGGUUUAAUAAAUGAUGAAGUCGAAUACAGAUACCAUCAGUUACAUAGUUCCUUUACACAGCUUUUUGUCUUUUAGGUUCUUUUAGUUUUAAAUAUAUUUCAUUUGCAGUCAUUUGGGUUAAAUUUUAAAAACUUUGUCAUGGUUAAUAUUUUUAUUAUUUUCAUUUGUUUUUUUGUUUGUUUUUUUUAUCAUUUUUUUUUAAAUAUAUAUAUAUAUAUCAUACAGUAAUGGAGAAGGGUGGUGUUUGGGUAGAAUUUAAAUAUAUUUUUACUUUUCAACACUUACUGUGACUGUUAACAUAAUUAAAAUUGGAUGUGUACAUUUUGUAAUUCACGUUAAUCAAAUUUUCUUAAUUUCUUUCUUGGCUAGACCUCUGAAAUCUAUGAGUGAGGAAAUUACAUAAGAGCUAUGUACUUCUGUUUGGAUUAUUAUCAGUAUGACACGUCCCAAAUUUUCUAAUCGCUUUGCGUUUGAAAUUUAUGUGGCCGUUAACUGCCAUGAUGAUAACUUCAAUCCAGAACUGUGUUUAAUUCAAGUAAUUUCCCACGGGGUUCUGAUCCUGUCAACUGCCUCUUUACUCCGUGACACAUCACUGCAGUGCUGACCCAAGCUCUCGAGUGCCCACCAUCUGCUGUGUCAACAUUUCUUCAUCAUUGCUGAAGUUAAACAACGACUGAACUGAAAUCAAAUCUUGUUUGUUAGUAGGGUGUUGUGUAGCUUUUUGUUGUGCUUUUCGAUUUUCAUCAAACAGUACAUUGUAAUGUCCACAAUCUAAUAAUUUAUUGCAGCCGGAUGGACAAUUCUUUCUUUUUUUUUCAAUUUUUUUCAUAUUUAUGCUAUUUAUAGUUGUUACUGUUCAGGAGAUUAUAAUGUUCUAUGCAUUACCAAUCAAAAGCCAUAUUGGAGAGAGACAAACUCUGUGAAGGGAGAUGGUAUUAGAGUUAGGUAAUUAAUGAUUGUGAAGUUUGAAUCUCAGUACUUAAAAAACAAAACAAAUGUAGAACAUUGAUUGUCUACAUAAUUCAUUGGUUUGUUGCCGGGUUUUGGGGUGGGGUUUUUUUAAUCAUCAUCCAUGUUUGGGGUUUUUUUUUCCUUCAAUAAAACAAAAACAAAACAAAAAAAGAAAGAAAGAAAGAAAAAAAAACACAUUCCAGUUCCUAGACCCAUUACUGCUGAAAACUAGAAUGUAUUGUUAGUUUGUGAAAAACGGUAACAAUUUAUAGUGUUCAACUAGUGCUGUAUUUCAGAACAAAUGGUUUCUUUCCCGAAAUUUGUACAUAAAUGGAAUUUUUAGGAAUCAUUUGAGAGUUUGUGUGAGCAUUUCAUUUGUCAUAAUAUAUUCUAUUGUUUGCAAGGUUAGUGCCUACAGAUGUGUGAAAGGACUUUGAGUGCUAUUAUUGUUUUGAAAGUGUAACAAUUUCCAGACAACCGUUCUCAUUGGCUGGAUGAAAUGUGUCCCAUCCACUGAUUAGCUGGACUCCUAUAUACUCCUUGUGCACUAAAGUGGUAGACUGGCUGUGUUCACUUUGUGAUGUCAUAAUGGUAUUACCUAUAUUAUUAUUAUUAUUAUUAUUAUUAUUAUGUAUUUAUCUUGAAAACUUCCAUGGCAGUGCUAUCUGUUACUAUGGCAACACUGAUGGAUCAACUACUACAGCAGAAAUGAGAUGUUGCCAAGACUACGUGCCGUUAAUUGGAUGCCUUUCAACCAGAGACAUGAUACUAGAGACUGAAAAGCUAAUGGAAUAAAUUGGUUUUUAAUUUUUGGCUCAAUAUGCUCAGUUGUCACAAAAUUUCGUCAUGAUUUAUUUAAUUUUUCUUGACCAUAUUGGACAAUCAGUUUAGUUAAAUAAAGUGUCAUCAUGUAUAUUAAAAGUUAUUUCGGGUAUCGGCUAUUCCAAAAAUAAUUUUGUAAGGGAGAUAACUGUUUUUAAUAUCCGUCAUUCAGUCAAAUUCAAAAUACACAUAAUUUGAACAUACAGUAACUAAACAUUAUAUACUGAUGGAAAAAAAAUAAGGAAAUGGCAAAUAUUGACUGUAAACACAAUCAUCAUGUAAGCAAGCUGACCAUGUUUCCGACAUUCAACCUCACUUUAGUGACAUUCAGUCCCAUAUUAUAUUUUUGUAUUUUAUACGACAUUACUAUGCUUGUAGUGAAUUAACAUUGAUCUAAAAAUGUCAUAUGUUCCCUUAUUUCUUUCCAUCAGUAUAUUUGAAUUUGAUUACCCACAUGUGCAUUAACAAUAAAACUUAAUAGUCAGGUCAGGUCAUAGGGUUUAACGUGCACAUUCAGAGCAAAUUGUUGUAGCACACGCCUGUCAUGGGUGCUGGUGUCGACUUAUGCCAGCUCCUUUGUCCAGAACAGAAAAACUUAAUAAUGUCGGCAAUUACAAUUUAUUGUACAUAACAUGCAGGGUGAGAUGUGGUUCUGUGGAAGGGUGCUUACCUAAAAGUCAGUUUGAUGUAACAUUGAUUGCCAUCGUGGCACAGGUCAAGUUUUUCCCUAUCCUAACAAGUGCCCCACCAGCUACCAGCUACCUUGAUCAAUUAGUGCUCAGGUGUUGAGUAUUUCUUUUUCUUCUGCAUUUGGGAUUAAACCAUAUCCAUGUACUCUUUCUCCCCCCCCCCCCCCCCCCCCCCCCCCCCCAAAAAAAAAAAGAAGAAAAAAAAACAAAAAAACAAAAAAAAACAACAACAACAACAACCACAAUAAUAAUAAUAAUAAAAAUGUGGAUGGGAGUAAACCUACACUUUAGUCAAAAAUUUUUUUUUUUAAUGUACACUAAUUGUACUUGGGGUAGCUUUAAAGAUUUUAUCAAAAAUAUUUGUAUCAUUUACCAAAUACAAUACAAAAAUAUUUUUAUUUAUUUUGGAUUCAUUGUUAAACACAGUUUUGUCUACAUCAUUCAACACUUCACUGAAUCAAUAUAGUUAUUGUGCUAAAUCACCUUUGUUUAUGUAGAUGUCUGACAUGGCUGGGUUAAGAUAAAUACAUGAUAUACAUAUUUAUGGAAUACUAAAGCUGCUGUUAAUUAGUUGUGCCUUUUACCAGUGACAGCUGCACAUUUAAUUUGACUCACAGAUUUUCUGUGGAAUCACAUUGGUGCAGUAUUUCAUCAUGAUAUGAUACAUUACAUAGAAUUGAUGUUUCCUUCUCUUGUAACAUUACAAUAGCCUGACAUGAUGAUACAAAAUGUAGAACCGAUCUUUCAUUCUUUUUCUUAUUACAAUAACUUGAUACGAUGGUACAGUACAUUGAACUGAUCUUUUAAUUAGUACAAUACAGUAGCUUCACAUCAUGGUACAAUAUAUAGAACCAGUAUGUUCAUCCUUAUAUAUCUCUUCAGUAGCUGGAUCUAACGGUACAAUACACUUAUCUUUUAAUUAUUACAAUACAGUAGGUCCAUGUGAUGGUACAAUACAUCGAACCAAAAUUUCAUCUUCAUAUGUCACUGUUCAGAACCUUGAUCUCUAAUGAUAAAAUACAUUGAGCAAAUCUUUUUCAUUCUUUCUAGUAUCAUGUCUCCGAACUGAUUGUCUCGUAGACUUGUUACAAGACAAUAUUUGUUGAUGCAAUCUGUUCUAAUUUAUCUUCUACCACAGGUGGUAGAUGUGUUUAGGGUGUCACUUCACCAGGGUGACAAAACGGAGCAGUUUGCUCACAACACAUGGUGAUAAACUUGGAGUUGUUAUCAGGGAGAAAAAAAUAUAAUUAUUGUAUCAUAGACACCACUGAUAUGCAUUUGUCUUGAUACAGAAUAGCAAUUUCUAUGAAUAUUUGUUUAUAAAUGUUUUUUCUACAUACCAUUGUAUAUUGAUAUGCUUUACUGGUUAUAAAAAAUUUAAAAUCUUCAAUAUAACAAUUGAACUGAAUAAAUUUACAUCUGCAUAAAGUUAA